AUGUCCGACCCAUCCUGCAACAACACUCCGAAGGAAUCCGCGUCGCCAACAAUUGAGGCUACUGACCUCGAGAAGGGCAGAGACUCCACCUAUGCUGGACUGGCAAACAACACCGUUGCAACCUACAGCUGGAACAAUGUCACCGUCACCGUCAAAGACCGCCAAACAAAAUCUUCCAAGCAAAUCCUGUCAUCUGCCUCCGGAAUUGUCAAGGCUGGCGAGCUUCUUGCACUCAUGGGCCCAAGUGGCUCCGGCAAGACGACACUGCUGAAUGUAUUGGCCCACCGCGACGCAACCUCGGGUGCCAGCGUUGAUAAGUCCCUAUACGUCAACGGCCGGAACGUGCCACUGCAGAGGUUCCGCAAACUGUCGUCUUUCGUUGAGCAGGAAGAUGCUCUUUUGGGAGCCUUGACCGUCGAGGAGACGUUGAACUUCGCUGCCAAGCUCUCUCUGCCUAGCUCUGUGUCCAAGUCCGAACGCCUUGCCCGAAUCCAAGCUUUGAUGCGCUCCUUCGGCCUGCGGAAUCAAGCAAAAACAUUGAUCGGCACCCCCAUCCGCAAGGGCAUCAGUGGCGGCCAGAAAAGGCGUGUGAGCGUAGCAUCUCAGCUGAUUACGAGCCCAAAAAUCUUGUUCUUGGACGAACCUACGAGCGGACUGGACAGUGCAGCAAGCCACGAGGUCAUUUCAUUCGUCCGCAAUAUUGCAAAGGAGAACAACUUGAUAGUCAUCACAUCCAUCCACCAGCCAUCGACGCAGACUUUCAAUCUUUUUGACAAGGUUUUACUUCUCUCACAAGGCAAGACAGUCUACAAUGGUCCAAUUUCUACCAUGAACAACUACUUGGCCGCAUUGGGCUACCCAAUUCCCAUGUACACCAACCCUGCCGAAUUCAUCAUCGACCUAGUCAACACGGACUUUGCCAGUGACAGUUGCAAAGCAGAAGCGCGACUGAGAGACCUCCAAGAAAAAUGGACCAACUCAGAGGAAGCGAAACAGGUCAGCGUGGAAGUUGAAAGCCAACCCAGCGACACGAUCAGAUCGAGCGAAGCGGGGCUCUCCGAACAGACAGGCUCCGCGAACCAGCUACUCAUCCCCUUGACCCUCACCCACCGCUCCCUCAUCAAGAGCUACCGCGACGUCAUCGCCUACGGCAUCCGAAUCGCCAUGUACAUGGGCCUCGCCAUCCUCAUGGGCACCGUCUGGCUCCGACUCGACCCCGACCAAAAAAACAUCCAAGCCUUCAUCAACGCCAUCUUCUUCGGCGGCGCCUUCAUGUCCUUCAUGGCCGUCGCAUACAUCCCCUCCUUCCUCGAAGACCGCGCGCUCUUCACCAAAGAGCGCGCCAACGGCCUCUACGGGCCCACCGCCUUCCAGCUCGCCAACUUCACCACGGGCGUCCCCUUCCUCUUCGCCAUCACGCUCCUCUUCUCGCUCCCCUCCUACUGGCUCUCCAACUUCCGCCCCGCCGCCGCCGGCUUCUGGAACUGGGUCCUCUGGCUCUUCCUCGACCUGCUCGCCGCCGAGUCGCUCGUCGUGCUCGUCGCCGCCGUCGCGCCCGUCUUCGUCGUCGCACUCGCCGCGACUGCCUUUGCAAACGGCUUGUGGAUGAGCGUCGGCGGGUUCAUGGUUGCGCCGAGGGACCUGAAUGUCUUUUGGCGGUAUUGGGCGCACUAUGUCGAUUAUCAGAGCUAUGUGUUUCAGGGGAUGAUGGUGAAUGAGUUUGCGGAGAGGACGUACGCGUGCGGCGAGGGGUGUCGGUGCAUGUAUGCGAGUGAGCUGGAGGAGCGGUGCGAGAUUGCGGGGACGGCCGUGUUGAGGGCGUAUGGGUAUGCGACGGAUAGGAAGGGGGAGUGGGUGGGGAUCCUGGUGGCCAUUGUGGUGGCGUAUCGGUUGUUGGGGUGGUUGGCGCUGUGGUUGAGGAGGACUUGA